CUGAUAAGUUGCUGGUCAUUCGGACGGAAACAUUCAAUAAAGACGGCCACGCGCAGUUGAUCAGUUUCUUAUUUGAAAAGUUAGACAAUUGCUGGAGAAGUAUUCGAAACUUUUUGGAUUUUUUGCCAGUUUCAAUUUGAUUAUCGAAAUGUCAAAACUUGUGGCUUCAAUUGUCUGCGUGGCCAUUUGCCAUUUGUUAAACAUUCAAUUGACAUUUGCUAAAGAUUUGGGCUGGUGUGAUCCUAGUCUCUGUGAGAAAGGUGUGCGACAUGUUGCCUGUCGGAAUAAUGGUCAUUUUCAUAGACGUUGUCAGCCCGAUGCCUUUCAAGUGGAUAUAUCACAGCAAAGCAAAGCCUAUAUGUUACAUGCCCACAAUAAGAGGCGUAACUUUUUGGCUCUCGGUAAAGUGCCAGGAUAUUAUCCAGCUGCUCGUAUGGCCACCAUGGUCUGGGACGAUGAACUGGAAUAUCUAUCCAGGCUGAAUACACGCACUUGUGUUCUCGAUCACGAUGAUUGCCAUAAUACAUAUCGUUUUGCAACAUCGGGACAAAAUUUGUGUGCCGUGUGGAGAGAUCGUAAUCCGCAUACGAAUGUAACCAGUUUGGUUGAUGAAGUUUUGGGCUUGUGGUUCAAUGAAUAUCCCCUGAUUGAUAGCUCAUUCAUUGACAGAUUUCGUGUGACGCCCAUUUUCGAGGAUUAUGGUCAUUUUGCUGAAAUGGCUGUGGAUAAGAAUUAUGCUGUUGGUUGUUCUAUAAUGCGUUUCACACGUCCUGAUUAUCCUUCGGUUUAUAUAUUCAAUUUUGUUUGCAAUUAUGCUUCGAUUUAUGCCUUAGAUGCUAUUGUCUAUGAAAAAGGAUAUCCCACUUCACGUUGCCAUACAGGACGUAAUCCAUUCUAUCCGGGUCUCUGCUCAACGCGUGAGGAAUACGAUCCAAAUUGGUGAUCAUCUUCAUCAUUAUCAUCAUCAUCUUCCUCAUAAUUAUCAUUAAUAUUAUUUACAUUCAGGUUGAACUGCCAAGUAUUCGCUGUUGAUUUUAGUUGUAGUUCUUUAUAUGUAUAUACUUUUUUUUUUAAUAAUACAUAAUAAUA